AUGAUGGAGAUGAACAUGGAGGUGUCAACACCAACCUCGACCUCUGCUCAUACACAUCACAAGUCAGCCGCGAGUCCUCAAGCCUCCAUACCAGCCAUGGGCAUGUCUGGAAUGGCAUCGACCUUCUCGAGCAGUACGCAUGUCACCCUAUGGUUCACCGAAUGGACAACGACAACAACGUCAACCUAUGUGUUGACUAUCUUCUUCCUCUUUUUCCUGGGUAUCUUCAACCGAUUCCUUAGUGCGCUCAAAAGCCAGUUGGAGAUGAAAUGGAAAGGACAGCACGAGACUAAGAGCACCUUGCCCUCCAUACCUAACACGGAGAAGCUCGAUCACAAUGUUCGUGGCCACGCUCGACAAUGGAGCCGUGCCGUACGACAGCAGCCUUUUGACAUGGAUGAUAAAGAGAGGCAAGAGAUCGAGCCCUUGAGUCCGGCAGAACCGCGAUUAGUAGAGGCUGAGGAAAUUGGCCUCCCACGACACCGACACGUAUCCCCAAAGAGUUUUUGGAUAGCGCAAGCACCCUGGAGCAUAAGAAAAGAUGGGAUAAGCGCUGCUUUAGAAUUUGUUCGAGCACUGAUUGGCUAUGUUCUAUUCUUCAUCGCUGUAGCUGCGAUUUGGCAGAUGCGGAUAAGCCAGUAUAGUGCCAAAGUGCCCAAGCCCAAGUCACUCAACUAG